AUGUCGAUAAAGGAUCUUCUGUGGGUGUGUGAUCAAGCCUUCACGAAGAACGCUCGCACCCUGUGCGCCGAGCUGUGCAGCACGGUGCGCAGGGAGUUCGAGCUGGAGCGGGCGCAGAUCAAGCACGAUGUGGUGCAGCCUGUGGCUGCACUUACGGCGGCCUUGGACCGCUUGCCGUCCAGGUUGGACGACCCUCUCAAGCGCAUCAUCAAGGCGGAGGUCGUUCCAUACUUGGAGUCCUAUGGCGCCACGGCGAACCGCCUGGAGGGCGACCUCUCUUCCCGGUUCACGUCCGUGGAGUCCAAGCUGGAGGAGGUCGAGAGUCAGCAGAGGCGAGCCUGUAAGAUCAGCGAUAAGCUGACAGCGGACGAGUCGGCCCACACACAGGACAUCCUGUCGCAGCUGCGCAGCCUCCAUUCGCAAGUCAUGGACGGUGCUGGUAGCACCGCCAACGACCUGCAGCAGGUCUUGCAGGCCGGCCAUGACCUUCAGAGCGUGCUGGAGCAGAAGGUGGACGCUCUGCUCUGGAAGCACACAAAGCAGCAGCCGGUUCUCGUCGACUUCAGCUUGCUGGCUGUGGGUUUGGAAGCAACCAUCCGCAAGCUGGCAGAUGCCCAUGUGCUAUCCAUGUGCUACACGAUGCCCUUUGAGACGCGGAGCUGA